CUCUCAAAUGCCAAGUGGCUCACAAGUGGUGUCUAGCUAUCUCAUCUCUAAUGAACUUCUCCACUCUCCGGUCCCUAGAGGGGGCCACUGGGGGGACCCAAUAUUGGAGGAGGUGGGGUUCGUGACGAGGAAAUCAUCCGAACCCCUCUGUCAGUGGGUAUGAUUACAACUGCCUCGGAAAUGGGGAAAAGUGCUGAGCGUAAGAGAAGCACUGCAGAAGGCAUUCAUUUCAGUCCAACUAGAGAAGUCGGCCGUGCGGGAUCACAUGCUGGCUGGGUUAUCGUCCCGAUUCCAUUCCACUGGGAAGACGCGAAAUGGCAUGGAGACUGCAAAGUGUGGUGCGGUGGAAGAAUUCUGUGCCAACUUGGUGAAGGUGAUGUCACAAUAUUCACUGAGGCUUCAGAUCCUUCAGCUGUACCAGAGUCUCACCUGCCUUCUCCACACCUUCCCUGCAACCAGAGAUGGCUACUUCACAGUUGGUCAAGUUUCAACCACUCCAAAAUCUGUUCCUCCUCUCGUCAAAGAUCCUCGGUCAGCUCUCUCUCCCGGCCUCCCCUCCUCCUGACAGAGGAUGGAUCCAGAAUCAGAAACCUGUGGUACAUUCCCCAUACCACCGAGAUACUGACCAUGUUCUCAGAGGGAGCACUGGAAGAUAGAGUGACACGUCUCAAGACCAUUCUGAGUCUGGGGAGGCCACUGGUUAUGGCACUGUGGUACCAGGUGUCCUACGUGAGACUGGGCACCUGUGAGGAGGGGAGGGAGAGAGGGUUCGGUGGAGACUGGGGAGGCACCGAGGGAAUUGGGAAUGUGGUUCAGAGACUGCAGAAUGAGAUCGCUGAUUUGCCAGACCCUUCAGAUCCACAACAGGUCUACACACCAUUCUUCAGAUUUUUGAGAAUGCACAUCACUAGGUUGCUACGUGCCGUUAAUCCUUAAUCAGAUGUUUCUCCUGAUUAUCUCACGGUACAACUCUCUAAAGUCGUGGACUCAAAACGAUUAUUCAGUUGCGCUAUCUCCCUCUUUUGGCCUCUCAGGUGUCAGAGUAUCUCCAUGACAACUGUGCCAUUGAUCGUGCGACACUACCUCAAAAGAACAUUUCUUCUCCAUGGCAACCUCUCCGGAGUAGAAAUACUCCGUUUUACCUCAGUCCCCACUCUCUCGCGUCUUUCCCUCUCCCCCUCCCCCCACCCCGCCUACCUUCUACUGCCGACGCCCACUCUUUCACCUGGCGACUUGCCUAAGGAGUUCCCGUGGCAACACUUCCUUUCCAGGUGUGGCUCCACCCCCUCAUUACCGGACCAGGUUAUAAUGCCUGGGGAUUUCAAAGUGGUUCACUCAGUACAAAACGAGCAUGAUUGUCUGUCCAUCCUCAGAUCGCACACAAUGGCCUCAGUUAGUUAGUGAGUCAGGCAUGGUGUCGGGGUGCCCCAUGCUCCAUCAAUACAAGGAGAUGUAGCUUAAUCAUUCACCAGCAGGGUCACAUACUCCACAAAUGCA